CUUCGUCAGCCCCACCCGUCAGUCGCCCUGCUGAAGAUGUCGUCCUUAACCGCCACAGCACGGGCUGUCUUGAAGAACCCGCCUGGCCGCUCCUCCGCAUCGCCCAUCACGGCCACCGUGUUCGGUGCCACGGGUUUUGUAGGACGCUAUGUUUGCGCGCAACUCGGACACAUUGGCGCCACUGUGGUGACUCCAUACCGAGGUGACGACAUGGAAGUGCGUCACUUGAAGGUGAACGGGGACUUGGGUACUGUGGCCCACGUCCCGUUCAGCGUCCGCGACAAGGACUCGAUCCGGGCUGCCAUCGCUGGCUCUAACGUUGUGAUCAACCUCAUCGGCAAGCAUUACGAAACGAAGCAUGCUUUGCCGUGGUGGAUCAACUACACGUAUGAUGAUGUGCACGUGGAUGCCGCUCGCGACAUCGCCGAAGUUUGUGCGGAACUAAACGUCCCUCGCCUGAUCCACUUUUCUUCGCUGUUGGCCAAACCCAACUCGCCGAGUGUGUGGGCCGCGUCCAAGUACCGAGGUGAAAUCGCGGUGCGCAAAGCAUUCCCCAAUGCCAACAUUGUGCGUUCGGCGACCAUCUACGGCCCCGAAGAUCGCUUUCUCAACUGGUAUGCGCGCCUCGGGUCUGCGAUCCCUCUCAUCGACAACGGCGCUGCUCGCUUGCAGCCGGUGAACGUGAACGACGUGGCCAAGGCGCUGUAUGCGCUUGUCGUGGACACGACGAUCAACGGCCAAACAUUCGAGUUGGUCGGCGACGAAGAGUACACGACGAAAGAAAUCGUCGACUACGUGCUCGACGUGACACAGUCGGACCCGCAACUGCUCAACUUGCCGCUGCCGGUGGCUGAAUUGAUUGGAAAGGCGAUUCAGAACCUGCCAGAGCCAAAGUUUUCCCAAGAUUUGGCGGUCCGAUUGAGCUUGGACGACGUCAAGACGUCGUCGUUGCCGGGGUUCCGCGAACUCCAAGUCGAGCCGUCCAAGAUGGAAAAGGAAGCGUUCUCGUUCUUGUUCAAGUACAACAAGGGCGGCCAUUUCCAAAAGGUCGAAGGGUACCAUUGAGGGGUUUGCCUUUGCAAGGCCGUGACGAUGUUAUUCCCAGUCAAUAUACACCAGUUCCACUACGUCUCAUUGGAACACUUGCCA